AUACUUUAGGUGAUUAAAAUGCCCUUCGACUCACGGUACUUUCAGCGGUCGCGCCUGGACUCGACCGGAGAGCUACUCCCUCAAGAAAGGUCGAAUAUCCGGAGGCGAUUGAUAUAUGUGACGGACCUAGACUCCUGGAGUGUCGCGGCUCUCAUUGCAACGGCUCGCAACGGUAACGCUCAAGAAUUGGAAUUGGCGUGUCACAUCGAGAAGCAUUUGGGAUGGAGGUCGUCCCUACACGCAUCAGUUUCCAAUCUCGGAUUUCAAUUGGAGUUUCACCUGCCAUUCUUCGCCUGGCGGACCAGCAGGGCUCAGAUCGGUGACCCUCGACGAGGUGCGGGAGACAGGCCCUUGAGGAAAGUCAGGGAUCUCUCUUUUCUCCGCGCAGAGUCUACGGAUGGACCAUCAAUCCACGAUACGGAUUAUCUAUGCGAAGCUCAAAUUUCUUGCGUCUUGAUAGGGCAUCACGACCGGGUGUGGACUGCGUACUGCUUUGUCGACACCUACUUCGACCUCGAAGACUCUAAGGAUUCAGUGAAUGAUUACGAAGAUGAGGAAGAUUUUGGUGAAUUAUACCCAGAUCCACUCUCUCGAGGCACUCUCGAUGCAAACACGCCAAUUUUAGACCCAAGGAUUUAUUUCCUUCGUGUCUUGGAGACACGAAUGCUUCAGGUCGAACAGGAGUGGCGAGAUCUUACAUACUUGGUAAAGAGCAAAGUCAAUCUCAGCAUCGCCGAGGGCAAAGGGCCCUUUGUACUCGAAGCGGCAGAUGGCUCAGAGGCACUUGCUGCUCAUCGAUCGCUGGAACGGAUUUGUCAAACCAUUGUGCUCCUCAGAACGUUGGAACAAUCUCUUUCCGACAUAGUAUUCCAGUGGCAGAAAUUCAAGGACAAUGAUGUCACUUUGUUUCUGGAUGUAGGGGGAGAGGGGGAGAGAGCCCUCGCGUCGUUGGAGUACAGUUUUGGUGAGCUUAGGGUCCUCGAGAGAAUCCUCCACCAACUCAUACAACGCUGUGAGGAUUUCAUGACAGUUCUCAACUUACGUCUAACGUUUGACCGAACCGAACUUAGGGAUCAUGGAAAGGUUGUGAAUGCGGCUCAAAAUACCAGCACCAUUGUUACUGUUUUCUUCCCUCCACUUCUUGCGGCCGUCGUGCUCAGUAUGCCGACUUCAUACUUUUCUUCUACAAUCCCGACCUUCGCCCCAUUUCUGGUCUUGACUACCCUCAUUUUCACCGCAAUGCUCAUCGUUACAAUCUUCCGCUCAAGCAAGUGUUAUCGGCAGAUUCUAGUUUCUUUUUCCGACUUUGUCAAACCUCACCUCGAAAGCGUGCCGAGAGAGACUGGUUUUCAAUCGUAUACGCGAGGUGAACCGGAGCCUCCCGAGGCCAGAGGCGGGAUCGCUUUGAACAGGUGGCUGGGUCGGCAGGGAAACGCGGACGUCCAUGGUGGGCACAUUGAAUUGGGGCGGUUGUAACGGGCUAGGCCCUGCUGGACAAGGCAGUGCCUUGUCCCCUUGCUGGUCAGAGCACUGUUGCUCUGGUGACGACUUCGUCUAAUUUGUCGAAGGAUUUUCUGUCCUUUUCUCUCUCUUUCUUUCUUCUUUCCUCAACUCGAAUGUAAAACACAUGAGGACUAUAUAGCUGUAAUUUACACUAUUAGAACCCUUCACAGCUGCUAGGUCUGCGUCUUCGUUGCCUAGGAUUCCCAUAUGCGCCGGGACCCACCUGAUUUCAGUGACAAGACCCUGUGACUAAAGCUGCUCGAUCUGUUGUGUGAUGUUUUUGAACAGGUACGCCCCAGACUUGCCCUUCGGCUUGGCAGUGGAUCGAAUGGCGGCUUGGUUGUCUGUGUAGAUCAACAAUUUGCUUCUGUCGUUUCCGUUGUCUCUGUCUUCCUGCGCAAUCUGGAGGGUUAAGCUGAUGCCUUGAAGUUCACCAGCGUAGACGGUGGAUGUCCUCUCAUCUCC